AUGAAGUUAUUUGUUAGAAAAUCCCCUAGAGCUAUAGCUGUGGCGUCUAACGAUUAUGUAUUGGUGUUUGAAAGAUCAAAGGACAAUAAAAUAGCUCAAGGAAAAUCGACUCAGCCUACAAUCAUAGUGAAGACUAUGUCAGAAUCUAUGCUAGUUGAUAACGAUUUUCUGGAAUGGUCAGCUUUUCCUAUCAAAGGUCUUCUUGGUAUCAUUCAAGUGAAGAGCCUAGUAUUUAUUGGUUUGAUAAUUGGGGUUAAAGAGGUAGCUAGGCCACGGUGGAAACAUAAGGAUGGUAGAAUAAGAGGGUUAGAAUCUAUUUAUCAAAUUCUUAACGUUAAUUUCUAUUGUUUGGAUUCAGCCGUCUACGACCAAUGGCUUUAUAAUAUAUCAGAAAUUUUCCAGGAGAAGCUUUUAGAUGAGCAUCCCUGUGGGCCUCUCAAAAAGUUGUUUAGCGAUGGCACGUUCUAUUAUUCUAUGGAUUUUGAUAUUACGAAUGUAUUACAAGAACGGGGACUUAAGAAUAGAACUGAAAAUAUAAUUGAACAUCAGGAAAAGAAGUUCAUUUGGAAUAUGAACCUCAUAUCUGAAAUUGUGCAACUCCGCGGAAGGAUCACGCCAGCUGAAUUGCCCGUGUUUGAUGGAGGACAGUUUCUUACAUUUGUCAUCAGAGGUUUUUGUAAAACAAUUGCGACUGGCGAUCAUGAAACACCAACUUCAGUGACAUUGAUUUCAAAAAUGUCUACAGAAGAUCAUGAGAAUAGCUUAGAAUUACAAAGUGGCAUUGAUGAUAGCGGUAAUGUGUCGAAUUUUGUUGAAAGCGAGGUCAUCAUUCAGACAGAUAGCUAUUUGUUUGCAUAUGUGUUAACUAGAGGAGAUGUCCCAUUAUCUUGGGAAGUUGUGGAGGGCCAAUUGUUGCACAGUAAGAAAGUGAAGCUAAUAAAAAGUCCUGAUCGUACUCAAUCGUCUUUUGAUAAACACUUUGACGAAAUGGCAUCAAGGUAUGGUGAUUUGAGUAUUGUAAAUUUAACCAAGGUCAGGAAUUCAUCACAUGAAGUGUUAAGUUCAGCAUAUAGGGAUUGUGCUGAUCUUAAGGGUAUUAGAUUUACAAGUGUCGAUUAUUCCGCAGAUGUGUUAACAAAAUCUCCGCAUAAAUUAUUAUAUUUCUUGAAACAGGAUAUUUAUGAAUUUGGGGCAUUUGCGUAUGAUAUUUCCAGGGGCAUAUACGUUGGCAAACAAACGGGCACGUUUCGUAUCAGUGCAUUAAAUUCCACAGGAAAACCUAAUGUAGUUUCAAUGACCAUAAGCAGAGAGGUAUUAGAUUUAACUACUGAUGAGCUAGAUGGCUUUAAUGUUACUAAUAAUUUGAUUAAAAGGCAUGAAGCACUUUGGGCCGAUAAUGAUUUCUGGUUACAGAGGAUCUAUAAUAAAUAUCAGAAAAAUCCAGCAAAAUGUAAAAAACUAUAUUCAUUAAUUUUUAGUGUAACAUCAAAAGUGCUUCUUUAUGAUCCAUUACAUGCUCACAUAUCCAAAUGUUUGAAAAAAGUUAAAAAGGAGUUUACAUAUGAGAAAGAUAUAACAAUAUUUGCUGGUACUUUUAAUGUGAAUGGUAAACAGAGCAAUGGAGAAAUACAUGAAUGGAUAUUCCCAAUAAAUACUGAUAUACCGGAUGGUAUUGCAGAUAUGUAUAUCAUAGGCUUACAAGAAGUUGUUGAAUUAACGCCGGGCCACAUGUUGACAACAGAUCCACUCUCGAGACAAUUCUGGGAGAAAAAGAUACUAAAACAGCUUAUUCGGAAAACUCAUUCAAAAUAUAUUUGUGCUGGUAGUAAUCAACUUGGAGGAGUAUUACUUCUACUUUAUGUGAGUGAAGCGGAGCACUCAAAGAUUAAGCGUAUAGAGUGUGAUGUUAAAAAAACAGGCUUUGGUGGGAUGUCUGCCAAUAAAGGUGCAGCUGCUAUAAGAUUCAUGUAUUCGACUACAAAGUUUUGUUUUGUUGUUUCGCAUUUAGCUGCAGGUUUGGAAAAUGUUGAACAAAGACAUAGCGAUUAUAAGACAAUUAUGAAAAAUAUUCGGUUUUCCAGAGACGUCCGGAUCAAGGAUCAUGAUGGUGUAAUAUGGAUGGGUGACUUUAAUUAUAGAAUUUUGCUUUCAAAUGAAGAGGUAAGGAGGGCUAUAUCAGAAGGUAACUACACAAAGCUAUUGGAAAAGGACCAAUUGAAUCAACAGAUGAUCGCAGGAGAAUCAUUCCCAUACUUUAAUGAAAUGGAGAUUACAUUUCCACCAACCUAUAAAUUUGAUCCUGGUACAAAAACUUAUGAUACCAGUGAAAAGAUGCGCAUUCCAGCAUGGACAGAUAGGAUAUUAAGUAGGGGUGAGGUUAUUAAACCAUUAUGUUACGGAUACGCAGAAAAUAUAGUGUUUUCUGAUCAUAGGCCUGUAUAUGCAACGUUUAAAGCUCGUGUAACUGUUAUAGAUGAAGAGAAGAGGGCACAACUAUCUCGCAUCAUCCACGAUAGACUUAAACAAAUGUUUGCUGGACUAAGUGAGGAGGAGAAGGAUACGUUCUUAGAGGAAAGUGAAUUAAUCGUAGACAAAAUUGAAUUAAAGGGAAUAUCGCCAGUAGUUUCAAAAAUUAAAAAGGUCAAGAAGAAGCUUCCGCCUCCAAGUUCAGAUAUAAAGAAAUGGUGGAUUGGUAAUGGAAAACAAGUUAAGAUUACAUUAGAUGUAGAUCCCGUAAAAGAUAUGCUCAAUCCAAAUAGGCCUGUGAAUCCAUUUCUCCCUAAUGACACCAAUGACUCAUUUAUAGUCCCAAGAAAUCAUCAGGACGGUUGA